ACUAGAAAAGGAUUAACAUAGGUUCCAAGCCUUCUAUAAUCAACCAAUAAAUCUGAAUCUGAUUGGACGUUGGACGAACCAGAGAAACCUUGAUAAAUGGUUGACCUUGGCGGCUAUGGAAAGGUAUGACUAUUUACUGAAAUUCUUGAUAAUUGGGAAUGCGGCUGCUGGUAAAACGUGUCUGAUGAGAUGGUUUAUAGACGGAAAGCUCAAACAAGAUCCACCGCAUACCAUAGGUGUGGAGUUUGGGACAAAAAUACUCAGAGUUGAUUCAAAGUCUGUAAAGUUGCAGAUAUGGGAUACAGCUGGUCAAGAACGGUUUCAGUGUAUAACACGUUCUUACUACCGUGGUGCAGCAUGUGCCCUGGUGGUUUAUGACAUUACUGAUAGGGAAUCAUUCAAUGCUGUCAAUACUUGGAUUUCGUCUGUUAGGGACUUAGCUCUGCCAAACUUGACUAUUAUAUUGAUCGGCAAUAAAGUUGAUUUGGAGGCCAGUGGGAGGGAAGUUUCUGAAAUGGAAGGAAAGCAGUGUGCUAUUGACAAUGGAGCUCAAACAUUCCUAGAAACUUCGGCGAAGAACGGUGUAAAUGUCCUCGAAGCAUUCACAGCCGCUGUUCGAAGUGUUUUGGAGCAGAUUCAAAAUGAUCCUAAUCCUAACAAGAUGUCUUAUCCAGUUGGAAUUGGCCCCGCACAAAUAACCCUUCCUGAAUCAACUGAUUCACUUGGAAAUCCAAAGUCGUCUAAGUUAUGUUGUCGUACUUAAUAUACAAUGAAAUUCACUGAUGUAUCUAAAAUGACACUAUUUUCUUCCUUCUCUUGGCUGGCUACAAAGAUAAUUAAUUUGGUCCACAUUGUACUCCAUCCACAUUCACAUCCACAUCGGAUUUCUGUGAUAUUUCUUUAUUUUAUUGAUUUUUAACACCAAUUUUUUGAUGGCACUUUACUUUUGUCAAUGCAUAUAUAUAUAUAUAUAUAUAUGUACUGCGCUGAAAUUCAUUUGAAAACACUUUGUCUGUCUUCUGUACGAAGUGAAUAAAUAAAUAAUUGGGCUGUUAUUUUUUUAUUUUUCUUUCUUUAUUUCUGUUUAUUUUUUAUGUAUAUCUUUUGGAAAUGUGAUGGACAGAUUGUCCAACUUAUUGUCUCCCACCUUGAUACUCAUUGUUCUUCACAUUGACCUUAUUUUGCAAGUUAUUCUUUUACAAGUGCUUAGUUCCCUUUCUUUUUAAGGUUGUCUUCUUUUUUUUGUGGACAUGUAUAAUGUCGUAUUUUAUAAUUGCACAAAUUCAUUAUUAUCACUGUCACAUUAUAAGGUGUCAUUAUCUUUAUUUUAUUAUUAUUACUAUCAUCACCAUCAUUGUGAUUACUUUUGCUAGUAUUAAUCAUAGCAAUACUAAUUGAAAUAUAUGCAAAUAGUAUUUAUUUUAUUCCGGGGAUGAUAGGUAAUAAAACUCAACGGGUUGUUUUCCCCCUAUUUAUUCCUUUGCGUUUUGAGUGGAAC